AUGGACGCCGCGGACGUCGACGCCGAGGACGAACGCGAGGUCGAGCACGGGACGGACGAGCCCGCAUCCCUCGUGCGCGCGCUCGAGGCCACGGCGGUGCGAACGACGAAUGUCGCCGACGACGACGCCGACGACGGGACGAUCCCUCGAGACGCGGUGACGAUCGAGGCCAUACUGCGAGACAUGGGGGUGCGCGAUUGCGAGAAGCGCGUGAUCGCGCAGGGGAUGGAGUUCGCGCAUCGGGCGACGAGCGAGGUGUUGGUCGAAGCGGCGGCGGCGCGAUCGCACGCGCUGGGACGCCCCGCGAGCGCGCGAGACGUCUUGACGGUGGACGACGUCAAGGUUGGCGUGAAAGCGGUGUUGAUGCGGUCGUUUAUCGAUCCACCGAGCGCGGCGAUGUCCAGAGGCUUGGCGUCGCGGGUGAACGCGAAGCCGCUUCCAAAGGUGAGCAACAGACCCGGGAUUCACGUCCCGACGGAGAUGAAUCUGUUGGCGGAUAACUGGGACAUCGGUCCACCGCACGAACGCGACGUCAAACGCGCGCUCGAGCUCGAGCGCGAGGCGGAGGCGAUGGCGGCCGCGUCCGCGGCGGCGGCGGCGGCGCGCGCCGCCAUCGCCGCGAGCGAGCCGACCAACGUCGCCGACGGCGCGCGCGCCGACGUCGCGUUCGAGGUCAAAACCGCCAAGGCGACCGACGUCGAGGAGAGAGAAGACUUGGGUGAUUUCGCCGAGUUCAUGGAUGUCGACGACGACGACGAGUAG